AUGCAGGAGGGUGGCGGGAAGAAAGCGCCAGGAUUUGACGCGGCUGUCCGUGCCUCUGCUGCAUCUUCUGACGGCAACGCCAGGGAAGAGGUGGCGGCGGCGGCGGUGGUGCCGGAUGCGAUAGACGUUGGCGACGACGACAAGAGCAGCAGUAGCGAUGAGGGUGCCGCUCACGAAGACUUGUCGGCGUGGCUACACAGCACGCAUGACUGGUGGACGUCUGACUGAUACAGACACGGUAUCCUUGGACAAAGGCGGGGAGUGGGGCCGAGGCAUCUGCGAAAUGUUGGUUUGGAGGCAUCACAGACGGGUGGCGUACGGUACGGUACAUCAUGACAGGCUUACAGCGAGACCCAUCCUCUCCACCUUCGCUCGGUCGUGUUUCGAAAAUGUGGGUGUUUCCCAGGCUGAACUAUUACAGGGGUUUCGGCUUCGUCCAGUGCGACGAGCAAAAGCUACCCGCACCUGAGGUUAGGGCGUUGUCUAGAUACAGGCCAGGAGCAUAGAUGGGUUGGAAUGUUUUAUGUUUGUUUUUUACGUGACGUACGGCUUGCCGAACAGGUGUUUCACAGUCCAGUGCGUAGAGCGCAGGCACGCCCGCUUUAGACCGA